AUGGAGGGUAAUUCCUCAAGUACCCCUGCAAUACAAGAUACAAUUACUAAUACACCUGGCAGUAACCUUAACUUGAAUGCAACCACUACUAAUAUGGAGCAAAGUAUUAGUAGCAAUGGUGAUGAAAAUCAAAAUCCGAUUCAAAAGCAAAAAAGAGCGAAGACUUCAGUGGCAUGGUCGGAGUUCAAGGAGAUGGUACUCCCUAAUGGCACCAAAAAAGCUGAGUGUAUCCAUUGCAAAGUCAAGUUGUGUAUUAAUGCCACCGGAAGCACCACCCAAUUCAAUAGACAUUUAAGCCAGUGUUUAAGGAGAAAAGCUUCCAUGGGGCAACAACAUAUUAGUUUUCCGAGUGCCGGUAAUGAUGUUCCAACUACUAUUUUGCCAGCUUUAAGUGGGAAGUUUGACAUGUCGAAAAUGAGGGAAUUGAUCACCCAUUGGGUGCUUAUGCAUGAGCAUCCAUUUACAGUUGUGGAGGAAGAGGGCUUGAACAAUAUGAUAAAGUAUGGGAUUCCUGGAUGGACUCCGGUUUCCCGCCAUACUUGUAAAAAAGAUUGUAUGAAGGUAUAUGAAAGUGAGAAGGCCAAAUUGAAGACUUUGUUGAAGACUGUGACAAAAAUCAGUUUGACUACAGACUUAUGGAAUUCAGGGAAUCAAAAGAUGGAGUAUAUGACUGGUAUUGCGAUUGCGGAUGGCAUUUUCAAGUGCCUAAUGGGAUGGGGAAUUGAAAAUAAGGAAAAUUUUGAAGUUUUUGGGAAACUCUUUUUUGGAGGUAAUCUGUUUCAUGUGAGAUUUUGUGCACACAUCUUGAACCUGAUUGUUCAAGAUGGACUUCAUCAAAUUAGGCACAUCAUUGAUGACAUCUAUGAGAGUGUGUUGUACAUCAACAGUUCAGAAAGCAGAUUCAAGGUAUUUUCUAAGAUUGUUCAACAACUUAAAUUGUCGUAUUGGAAACUUAUUCUUCAUUGUAAAACAAGGUGGAAUUCUACCUAUGAAAUGUUAGCAAUGACAAUUAAGUUCAAAAAGGUUUUUCCAAGAGUGAAAGAGAGGGAUAUCAAUUAUCAUAAUAAUCCGAGUGAUGAGGAUUGGGAGAAAGUGGAGAAAGUUUGUGAAGUUUUGAAAAAGUUUGAUAAAUAUUGGGGGGAAUGUAAUGUGUUGAUGUCUGUGGCUGCUGUAUUGGAUCCUCGGUUGAAAAUGAAGGUUAUUCAGUGGGCAUUCCCUAAGAUGUAUUCUGAGACAGAAGGACGGGCAAAUAUGGUGACGGUCCAGGAUGCAUUGUAUGAGUUAUAUGGGGAGUAUGUUCAAGCUAACCAAGGUGUGACUAUUGCCCGUGCUUCUACAUCACAAGGGGAUGGACAUGGAGCCAUUGGUCAGGUGGCUGCGGUUGAGGGAGCUGAGGCCUGGGAUGAAUUUAGCACUUUUCUGGACAUGGUUGAAACUGUUGAGCCUAGUCAAUCUGAGUUGGACUGUUAUUUGGGAGAGGGAUGCCAUAAGUGUGUAGGGGAUCAUGACUCAUUCGAUGCCUUACAAUGGUGGAAGGCAAAUUCAACCAAGUUUCCUGUAUUGUCUAUGAUGGCUCGAGAAAUACUAGCCAUCCCGAUCACUAUGGUUGCUUCAGAGUCUGCAUUCAGUGCUAGGAGCAGGGUUAUUGAUAGUUAUCGAGCUUCUUUGUCACCAGCUACGGUGGAGAUGUUGUUAUGUGGAUGUGACUGGUGUCGCACUUUGAAUGGAGUAAAGAAAGAGUGCAAAAAAGAGGAGGAUGAGGAUCACUUGGAGAUUUAG